AUGGGUCUCGUCUACUCGAUGCAACUUUUUCUUCAUUGUCUUUCAAUAAACCGAAUCUCUGCUGUCUUCUUCCAAGGACGAUACUACUCUAAAACCCAAAUUUUCCUCGUCCCCUACACAAUUUUAUGCUCAAUUGUGCCAAGCGCCUUCUAUCUGAUUGGGAUUAAGAAUUUGAAAGCGGAUAAUGGAUUUGUUUGUUAUUCUGGUCCCUAUCUCUCCCCUGGCGAAUUUCGAAUGCAAUCUUGGUACUCCGGGAGUUCAUUCUCCAAUUUCAAAGAUGAAACAUUUGAUCAUGUAAUAUUUGGCUUUACGAUUUUCGCCUUGAUUUUGGAUUUGAUCACAAUCAUUGGAAUUCGUGUUGUGCUUAACACCUCCGCUCAUCGACAACGAAUGGAUUUGAAGCUUUCAAUCAUGAUGCUUCUAACUGGGAUAAUUUGGCUUUGGGAGGAUACAAUUCACCUCUUUCUUCACUGGAAGUUUGUCGGCUAUGGACGCUUCUUUUUCUUGAAAGGCGAACCAUUCGUUGGACAUUGUGCUUUGAGUCUGAUCAUUAUUGCUUUCAAUUUACCCUCACAAAAAACGUCGAUUCAAUCUAGUUUGGUUGUGCCAUCAGCAUCCGCUACUGAUUGCACUCAAUACCAAAAUCCAACCGUUUACCAAAACAUUGGCUUGCCUGUUGGUGGCGUGUGCCCAACCGGCUCAACUCUCUGUGGCAAUUUCUGCUAUCUGAAAAAGGGAGUUGAUUGUUCUGUCUACCAAAAUCCAACCGUUUACCAAAACAUUGGCUUGCCUGUUGGUGGCGUGUGCCCAACCGGCUCAACUCUCUGUGGCAAUUUCUGCUAUCUGAAAAAGGGAGUUGAUUGUUCUGUCUACCAAAAUCCAACCGCUUACCAAAACAUUGGCUUGCCUGUUGGUGGCGUGUGCCCAACCGGCUCAACUCUCUGUGGCAAUUUCUGCUAUCUGAAAAAAUUG